AUGGUUAAACCUGAAACAUUCAUAAAGGCUUCGAAUAUAUUAGCAUAUCUAUUGUUUCUUACCGUAAACAUUAUUUGGGGGUUGGGUCUUAAAGAGGAAGAAUCACCACAUAGUCAUCAAUCAAUGAGCACUUAUAUUAGUCCUGCUAUUUUUACCUUUUAUAUUUGGGCUGUUAUUCAUCUCUUUUUGGCUGGAUUUGUCGUUUAUCAACUCUUUGAAGCUCGCGUUGAAGUACUUGUCAAUGGUAUUCAAUGGCAUUUUGUUGGUGUUACGUUACUUAGUGUACUCUGCCUUGCUUUAUGGCAAGAAGAUUUAAUUCUAGUAGCAUGGAUAGUGAUUAUAGUCGCUACCUGGCAAAUUUCUGUCAUUUAUUGGACACUUAAAAAAAAAUAUCUUCCUCAAGACAAAUAUGAAACUUUAUUUAUCCACAUUCCCUUUUCCCUUUACCACGCUUGGAUCCUUGUUUCAACAUUACUUACUACUUUUGCUUCAUUUACUCCUAAUGUUAAAAACGAUAGAGGUCCAACCCUUAUAGUUCUAAUUUUUGUAAUACUAGGAUUAGUUUUAAUGGAAGUUGCAGCUAUUGUGUAUAUUGAAAUAUUUAAAGAUAUUGCUGGUGCAUCAAUCAUUGCUUGGACUUUAUUCGGAAUAGCUGUUGAACAAACAGAUUUGGUGAUUCAUUGGACUGCGUUAGUAUUGAUGGUUGCUUGUACAUUACACAUUUUUAAACCUUAUAUUAUGAAAAUGAUCUGUAAAGAUGGCAGCAAUAAGAAGUUUUCUUUUUUUAAAUAG